CCACCGCCUCGCAGUGCUUCCUCUUCCCGGCGCGCCGCACGUCCCCCCUCCGCCGCCUCGCCGUGCUUCUACAACCCCGGCGCUCCUACCAUUCCAACUCACAGGUGGCCUGACCUCCCAACAUCAACAAAACAUCCAAAAUGCUACAGGCAUCCAGCAACUAAACCCACAGCUACAGCCAGGCGGCAGCACGCCAGCGACGCGAGCGCUCGUUCCAGAGCAAGCCAACCAGCCAGCAGGAGCCUCGGGUCAUUGUGCCUCCUGGCGCACGGUCCACGCACGCCAGAGACGGCUCCGGCCAAUGCUCCGGCGAGGGCUCCAGCGCCGCUAGCGAGCGACCUGGACACACGGCGCCGAUAGGAGGUCCGACCUGAGCGGCGCAUGAUCCGGAAAGGCUCCGCGCGUGUAAGCCCGCGCUCCCUGAAGCAAAUCCAUGGGAACCUGGUCGUCAAGGGCAUCGCCUCGCGCCUCCAGCCCCUGCGGGACCUGCUACUCGCGUGUGUCUCCUCGUUCCGCGGCACCAUGGGCUACGCCCGUAAAGUGUUCGACGGAAUCCCCCACCCGGACCUCUUCAUGCACAACGUCAUGGUCCGCGGCUACGCGCACGGCGGCGCGCCCGCCGCGGCCUUCGCCUUGUACCGACGCAUCAGGACGGCUGGCCUGAGGCCCGACGCCUUCACGUUCUGCUACCUCCUCCGGGCCAGCGCUGGCUUGCCAGGCUCUUGCGCCGGGUACCAGGUCCAUGGCGUCGUCCUGAAGCUGGGCUUCUUGAAUGAUGCGUUCGUGAGGAAUGCGCUUAUCAACAUGCAUGCCAAAUGUGGGGAUUUGAAGGUGGCCGGUGCGCUUCUUGAGGAGGCCGGCGAGGGGGAUGUCGUGGCGUGGUCGGCUGUCAUAGCGGGGCAUGCCGCUAGAGGUGACUUGAACAUUGCUCGGCAACUGUUUGAUGAUUGUCGGCACAAAGACUUGGUGUGUUGGAAUGUAAUGGUGGCAGCGUAUGCUAAGCAUGGGGAAAUGGAGAAGGCGAGGGAGCUGAUUGACCGUGCGCCGGAGACAGAUGUGGUUUCGUGGAACACUAUUAUCACAGGGUACUCCACGAAGGGGAUGCUGAAGGAAGCAUUGGAGGUGCUUGAUGAAAUGAAGUGUGCGGGCUGGUUGCCUGAUGAGGCAACUAUUGUUAGCUUGCUUUCGUGUUGUGCGAACUUAGGGUCGCUUGACACAGGGAGGAUGAUACAUUCAAUGCACUUGGAAGGUAGACCGUGUACAAGUAUUGUGCUUGGAAAUGCAUUGGUAUCAAUGUAUGCAAAGUGUGGAGAUCUGCAGGCUGCAUUGGAAGUCUUUAGCAGGACGAAGGAGAGGGAUGUUUGGACAUGGAACUCGAUCAUCGGCGGGCUGGCCUUCCAUGGGCAAGCAGAACAGUCCAUCCAAUUCUUCAAUAAAAUGCUUCAACAAGGAAUGUGCCCAAAUGCUAUUUCUUUCCUCUGUGUUCUCGGUGCAUGCAGUCAUGCCGGAUUAGUUGAAGAUGGUCAGAGAUGUUUCUCUUUGAUGAAAGACAGGUACAAGAUCGAGCCAAAUGCAAAGCACUACAGUUGCAUAGUGGAUAUGCUUGGCCGUGCAGGCUUACUGGAUGAAGCAUUUGCAAUUCUGAGCAGCAUGAGGUGCGAACCUAGUGCAGUCAUAUGGAGGACUCUGCUUGGUGCCUGCAAGAUCCACGGGAAUGCAGCCCUUGGCAAACUUGCCAGGGAGAGGCUUCUAAAAAUGAAUGAAGAUACAAGCGAAGAUUAUGUGCUGCUCUCUGGCAUUUACGCGUCAUGUGAUGAAUGGUUUGGAGUGGAGACAUUGCGGGGAUCAAUGGAUGAAAGGGGGAUAAGAAAGGCUGCUGGUUUUGCCCAGGUUGACCAUAAAACUUCCUGUCUUUCAGCAUUGUGAUGUGUGGAUAUCCUACAAUGGAAUUCGAUGAAUACUAGGGUUGUGUCCAUGCUCUGUUUUCCAUUUUAUGCCCGGUAACCAGAAAGUGGCAGAAGUAGCACCCUUGUAUGCUGAUACCAGUAGCAAGGAGACCUAGACAGUAAAUCACAUUCAAAACGUCGAGUGUUGAUGAUUUCACUUGGAGCUAGCAGCAUCAGUGCAACUAGCAGGUACUGAAGAUUCUUCCGCACGUACGUGAGAGCCGGGAGAUCGCUGUAUCGGGCCUUGAACUGGAUGAACGGCAUGAACAGAGGAAGCGUCUCAUUGGUAGUCCCCAUGGCAAU